AGGGAGGAAGAAGGGGAGCGCGGCCGGCGGCGGCGAUGCAAGUGCUGCGGAGGCGAGCGCCCGUCUGGGGUCUGCUGCUCGUGCUUGGCCAGCUGGGCCCGGCGGCGCAGGCGGUGGAGCCCAUCAGCUUGGGCCUGGCCCUGGCUGGCGCCGCGGCCUCGGCCCUCACCGGCUUCAUCUCCUACCCGCGGCUCUACUGCUACUUCACCGAGUGCUGCCUGCAGAGGCCGGGGGCGCGGGCGGGGGCAGUGCUUGAGCAGGAGUUGGACAAGAAGCUCUUUGGACAGCAUCUGGUGAAAAAGGUGGUGGUGAAAGCUGUCACUGGCUUUCUAAACAACACAAAUCCGAAGAAGCCGCUGACCCUCUCCUUGCACGGUUGGACGGGCACAGGGAAGAAUUUUGUUAGCAAAAUCAUUGCAGAGAGCAUCUACGAAGGAGGCCUCAACAGCAGAUAUGUCCAUCACUUCGUCUCCACUUUGCAUUUUCCUCACCGGCAAAACCUCACCCAGUACAAGGACCAGUUGCAAAUGUGGGUUAGGGGCAACGUGAGCGCCUGUGCGAGGUCAAUCUUCAUCUUCGAUGAGAUGGAUAAAAUGCACGCCGGACUCAUUGACUCCAUCAAACCUUUCCUGGACUAUUACGAGCAGCUGGAUGGCGUGUCUUAUCGGAAAGCCAUCUUCAUCUUCCUCAGCAAUGCUGGGGCUGAAAAAAUAACAGAAGUGGCGCUGGACUUUUGGAGGAGUGGAAAGAGACGGGAGGACCUAGGACUGCGAGACCUGGAGUCUUCGGUGUCUGUGUCUGUUUUCAAUAACAAAAACAGUGGCUUUUGGCACAGCAGUCUGAUCGACAGAAACCUCAUUGACUACUUCGUCCCCUUCCUCCCCCUGGAGUACAAGCACGUGAAAAUGUGCGUUAGGGUCGAACUCGAGUCCCGGGGCUACGAAGUGGAUGAGGAAAUUGUGACCCAGGUAGCGGAUGAGAUGACCUACUUCCCGAAGGAGGAGAGGAUUUAUUCCGAUAAAGGAUGCAAAACUGUGUACACAAAGUUGGAUUUCUACUUGUGAUCUCAUCCUCGAUGAAGACAAUGAAUCGCAGAAUUUGAAGGAUCCCCCCCCCCCCGUUAAAAAUGGUUUAAAAUAACAUAAACAGACAAUAAUAUUUCUUCUUCUUGUAAGGAGGGGGAGAAAGAGCAAGACCUUGAUUCCAAAAUAACCUCAGACUUGUGGCCUCAAGUUAAGAACACUCCACCCAUUCCUGAGGCAUUGUCUUAACAGUGCCUGCAUACUGUGAAGCCGUUUGGACUGUUUUAUUAGAGCAGUCACCGGCCCGCUAGAACUGUGCCUCGUUGAUGUUUCGGCAUCCAGCUGAUAAGGAAGCCGAGGCAUUUCAGACUGGUGGCUUAAAGCAAGAACGAUGUCCUCCUUCUCAAGAAAUGAAGGGAUGUUCUCCAGCUUCUUUGACCCAUGGGGUGUUUUUAUAUGAAACCAGACUCUUGGGUGCUUUGAGCCAAUAUUUGAACAUAGUAACUCUCUGCAGUAAUGGAGUAGUAGAUUUCAAACAGAAUGCUCGGGAGUCCCUUUGGGUUUGAUCAGAGCAUGUUUCAAGAGCCCCUUGCUAGCAGAAGGGAAGGGGUGUUCCGUGUUCCACUAACAUGUAGCAUGCCCACUGCUGGCAACCUGAUCCCCUGUCUCCAGUGUACAGCCCUACGAAACUCUUGGAUGCUUUCUAGAAUACAUCCCUUGGAGGGAGACCUAGCCAGGAUCCUCAUCUGAACUGGGAUGACUCUCCCAGAAUCCUUUGCAGUGCACAGUGGCCCUGUGGGAGACGGGUCGGGACUUCUCACCAGAUCAAAUUCCUGGAGUUAGAAUACUUAAAAAACCCCACUUAAAAUCACAGACUCCGGCUUGAGGAUUUUAAUGAUGAAGCCAAACUCGAUUAUAUUCCACUAGCAUUUCAAGCACAGAUUGUGAAGAACUUUCCUCUGUAAUGGAUCAAAGGGGGUUAAGGAAGCUGUGGCCUUCUCUCCUGUGGCGGUCUGAGCUGGCAGGCGCUGGGCCUGAUUUAUGUCUGUCUUGUGUUCCCUGGUCGAGAGAAAUAGGGGCAGGGGUUGGGGGAGCCGGAUGCCUUUUAAGAGGACUUGGAGCAAUUCGGGGAGGAUUAGCACUUUUCCAGUUGGUGCCAACAGUCUUGUUGGGGGUGUGGUUGGGGGCUGCCCUAGGCACCAGACCUGUGUGGGAUUUUUCCAUAAGGCUGCAUGGCAUAUGGGCCUUGCCUAGGGUUGCCAGCUGUGGGUUGGAAUGUACCUGGAAGGAGGCUGGGGAGGGGAUGGGCCACGGCAGGGUAUCAUGCCAUAGAGUCCACCUUCUGAAGCAGCCAUUUUCUCCAGGGAAAUGGAUUUCGAUAGAUCAGUUGUAACAGCCGGAGAUCUCCAGGUCCUUCUAACCCCAGCCCUGCCCAGGGAGGUGACGGUUAAAGAAAGUCAGAGGGAAAGUGUUUCCGGAGUUGCUUUGCUGGAGGCACUACGUGGUAUAACAAAUCAACCACCACUUUUUUUUGUCUUCCAGAAAGCUCUCUGGAUGAGCUUGUUUCCAAGUUAACCUUUUUCUGCUUUCCUAAGCCUGUUGUUUAGGCUGCCCUAAGGGUGGGUUUGCGUGUCUGCCUGGCAGCUUCUGCUGAAUGUCCCCUCCCCUCAUGCAGGUCCCCAGAACAGCUCCAGGCUGGUCUUGGGCUUUCUCCGGAAUAGCCCCCAUACUGAGGGCCACUUGGAGGAGACCAGCAGACCUUUCUCCUCACUGGGUGUGGGUUUUUUAAGAUUAGGUGCAAGGCAAUUCAGAUGGGCACUGGGUUGGGAGAGAAUUACUAAUUUCCUAGGCAGUAAUCUUGGUUGUAUGUUGCAAAACUGUAAAUUGUGUAUGAUUUUUAAAAAUCUUAUUGAAUGUUGUGAGCUGCCAAGUGGCUUUGUGGGAGGAAACAUGGGGUGCAUUCAGCGAAAUAAAAAAGGCAAAACAGUGAGCUUGCUGCAGGCGACAGCA